GAGAGAGAGAGUAAAAAGUUAAAAUAAAGCCUUUAGUGAAAAUAAAAAUUCCAGUUCAGUGAUGGACACGAUAAUCGAGCAUAUUUUGAAUUUCCUACAGUUUGACGUGACCAGCAUUUUCGGGAAAGGCAGCGAGUGUGGACUCUGUUGCAUGAGCUUUUCCACGCCGCGCUUCAGCGAGUCGGCGGAGCGAUGCAUUGCAAAUGUUUACGAGCCACGCCCCCAAAUCACAAAUGGCGAUGAAAUGAUGGACUGUGACGAAGACAGCUUGGAUGAGGACGAAUUGCAAUUAGAGGCAUUCUGCCGAGAGCUGGAGCGAGUGGAAGCGGAAGAGGAGGAGACGGAGACGGAUACUCAAGGCUGCGGCACUGAUUCGAUUCCGCUGCAAGAGAGUAGCAACGAAAGUCUGACAGAGAGUGACUGCCUGUUGGACAAUCUCAAGAAUGAGCGUCAGUGUGCGGAGAGCGAUGAAAACUCGUUGGAGGCUGAUGACGAGUGCACCUGUGAGCUAGUAUGUAAGCAGGUAGUGUCCAAAAUAGCCGAUAAAUGUUCAUCGUCCACAAUGUUGGAGCUGCGAAGUAUUGAGGAGCGAGCCAAUAAAUUGUGGGAGGCGCUCAACUCAAAUGUGCGCAACAACACGUGCUCCAAAAUGCCCAACUGGUGGGAUUUGAAGACUUGGCAGAAGCUGCCGUUCUACUGGGCGGCACUUUCGAAUGACAUACUUUGCGAGGACCCUUUCGAGAACUUCAAGCGCUUCUACAUGGGCAGCAAGAAGUCCAACAAGCGCAACGCCAAGCGUCAAGUGGAGCGUAUGCUCAUCCUGUGGCACCGGCUGUGUCCCAAGCAGCGCCUGCCAUUUAUCAUGGAGGCUUUCAUCAGCAAGGUCGGUGCGGGGAAAGUAAACAUCAGCGAUGAGCAUGAAAUCCAACGCAUCAUCUGCGAGCUGCAGAACAAAUGAGCAGUGCGAUUCCUCCUUGUUCUUCAUUGCUGUGAAUUUUGUGUAGAGCUCUGUGGCUCUGUGUGUGUGUAUGUCU